UCUGCACAAAGCUGAAGCAAAGACCACGAUGGACGUGGGCAAGCUGUUCGAUGACCUCGAGUCGAACAACCUGGAACGGGUCGAUGAGGUGAAACGAAAGUUUCAGGAGAUAUUUACCUCCACAAAAGAAUCAUGGCUGGCGUACAACAUGAUGGAGUACUUUGGCCAAACGUCUUCGGUACGAAUAGUAGACAUUUUGGUGAAGGUUCAGCAGCCGCACGAUAAAUACAUUUUCGACAAACUCUCGGAGUGGAUUCGCAGUGGAGGCACGAAGGUACUCGGACUUACCCUGUUUGGACACAUCAUUCAGAAGCGUCCGCUAUGGCUAUACAAAGUCGGCAACCAUCAGUUGGUAAAAGACGUAUUGAAGCUAUCGAAGCUGGAAAAGGACAUUACGUCCCUGAUCAACGCGGUACUCUGCAUUAUCGAUUUGCUGCCGGUCAUACCACUGGCAAUGGGCAGCUUCGUGCAGGAUCUUUUCGACGUGUUUAACUAUCUUGCCACAUGGAAACAGAAUGAAGCUCAGCUACCCGAAUAUCAGUUGAUUCACCUACAGUUCGGUUUGUACGAGCUGUUCACCCGGUUGUACGGCAUGUAUCCGUGCAAUUUUGUUGCCUUUUUGAAGCAAGAGUACGCAUCAGGUGGACGGCAGGCCGUGUUUCAGCACACGAUAAAACCCCUGCUCGAUACCGUAAAAAUUCAUCCACGGUUGGUGCUCUCCGAUCGAGAUAGUGAAACGAGUCAACAACGCUGGAAAAACAUGGAACCACACGAUGUGGUAAACGAGUGUUCGCGGAUGUCGCUGGAGACUCAAGAUCCGCAGCCGCUCGAUUCGCACUCGCAGUUGAUGGUAUCCGGUGGUAGUAAUAGCGAGUGUCCAUGUUACAUGACACCGAUCAAACCGUACGAAUACACGGCGGGCGGCGCACUUGAGUUCCCUUGGAAGGCGAACGUGAACUUCUUCAAUACGCUGUCGCUUGAUCAGCAACUGUGUACGAUCGCGGCACAAAACUCUUUCUGGUCGCCAAACAACAAUCUUAUGCAACCAACACCACCGCCAACCAGCACCAUGCCGCACACCUCAAUACCGACACCAAACUAUACGAUCCCCCAGCAUCCGGCACCGUUGCCACCGGCGGCGGAUGGUGCAUCGCCACCUGAAGCGGCAGUAGAAGCCACACCCGAAACGACUCCAAUGAAGGACCUUAAACUGGCCCCAAGCCGCGCCUAUCCGACGACAGUAAAGCCCCUUACGGCCCGUGCCAUCUGGACUCCGUCGCAGCCUGCGUCGCCAGUAAAGAAGGACCCGGCCGGUCAAUCACAUUUCAAUUACGAUUUUCCUCUCACGGUUGUUACUUCGAAGAAGUUACUGCGGGUAGUGAACGAUCGCAAUCAGUCGAUACUGCAGCUUUCAAAUACAAAUACCACGGCUACAGGGGCCACCACGGCGACCACCACGGCAACUUCGACUACUAGCAACAGUGUCCCGUCUAGCCCACUGCCCAUCGAUCAGCCACUGCAGCUACAGCAGCUCGCUGCGACACCUCACAUCAAUCGCAAUGAGUCGCCCAUGGUACCAAUAGUCGGUGCGGGUGGCCCACGUACUAACGAUCUUAGCCAAGAGGAUCAGGAAGUGAACGACAUCAACGCCCCGCACAUGCAUCACUCUCAGUCCCUCCCGGUCGGUACGGCCGUACCCAUACGCGAUUUGUGCGGAGAUGACGAUCAUGAGCAGGGCGAAGGUUCGCCCUGUUCGGCUGGAGGAUUGCACUUUAAGAACUCCCAGUCGGUCAUCAACUAUACGCGCCGGCGAUUGCACAGUCACUGUUUGGUUGACUCGGACCCUUACUACAGCACCGGGACCUCUCCCGCCGACACUAGUGGCAAUUUUAUGCGGAACGGGUCCACCUUGGCCACCCAGCUAGUUGCAGUUACAUCAACUUCGCCAUGUAGCGUGUUUGCUGGCGAUGGUGAUAACGGCACCGUCCAGCACCAGGUUCCGGUUCAAGUCUGCCAGCCGCAGCAGCACCAACAAUUUAACCACUACCACCAUCAGUGUCAGCAUCAGAUCCAUCUGCACCAACAGCAUAAUUACCAUCAUCACCAUCACCAUCAUCAUCAUCAUGGUGUGUAUCAACAGGGACAGCGACGCCACUCGCUGCCAGACUUGAAACAUUACACGCUAAAGGUGGAACCAAAGUUGCUGCUAGGUUUGAUCGCCAAGCAGCGCCAAUCAACUUUUGUCAGCGGCCGUGAUCAGUCAAAUGCCGAAGCGAAUGGCGGCGGUGGCCCAGGAAUAGCGGGCUCCUCGACGGACGGUAGCAAUGCCGACAGUAGCCCCUCGGAGGAGGAAGCUAUUUCGGCGGCGACUCAUUUUCACCGAAAGCAAGAGCAACGAUCCAACGAGGAACAAGUGGCACGCAAUCGGCAUCUCUUUCAGCAGCUCCGGUCCAAUCUGGUACCCGUUACGGCGACCAAUUUUUACCAUCAUCACCAUCCGCCCUCCGUGCUUCGUCACCAAACAGCUUCACAGUUUCAAGGUUCAACAUCGGUGGGGGUCUCACGCCUUGCUGCCCGCACAACGGAUUAUGGUGGCGAUCGCCAGGAAAUAACUGCGUAUGGUGCAAGCAACCAACAAGAAAGGACUUCCACGGCAACACAGACGGUGAUUAGUUGGCCGCAACCGUACGAACAGAUAUUCUACGGUAUACUGCAGGAAGAGUUGCGCUUCAAGAACAACGCGUCCCAGCAGCAGAGCGAUCAGCAAACGCAGCGAUACGGCGGUCGAAUGGACCCUUACGUGCUGCUCGAUCAGUACAUUGAAAUGUGUGCCAAAAAGCGUGCCACACUAGCCGAGAGUGCCGCAGCCGGCGGGGGUCGUUUGCCUGAAUCGUACUAUCAGGAUCACAUUCGAUUGCUUCAUCUGCAGCUGCAGUACGAGCGGCAUCGUCGCGAAAUACACGCCGAGCGAAAUCGACGACUGCUAGGUAAGAGCCGCAAAAUUCGCGCUCUCGAGCAAAAUAACGAGGCCCUCAAGGAUCAGGUGGCCCGGUUAACGACGGAGAUCGCUAAAUUGAACGCAGAGCUCAGUGCGGUCCGGCGAAAGACGAACCUCGAGCUGCAGGAUACGUCGCGUAAGUGUGUGCGCUGGAAGGAGUCACUGUACAUGGAGCAGGAACGUGGCAAGGAACUGACGCUGAAGAUUGAAGCUCUGCAAGUGGCGAUCGAUGACGAAACGCGCCAGCGGCGUGACGUUGGCGCGCAUCUCGAGCAGGCGCAGGGCGACCUGUUCGAUUUGCGGAGCGAAUUGCGACAGGCACUCGGGAAAGCCGACCUUGGGCAGCAGUAUCGCGAUGAGCUAACACGGCUGCAAUCGGAGCUCAUCAUGAUGGGUGAGGUGCAGCUCCGAACUAAAGAAAAGCUAUCCGAGUUAGAUCGAUUGCGUGCCCGGGAAGCGGAGAUAACGCUUAUGAAAGCAAACUACCACGAGGAGUGGAAAGAACUGAAGUUUGCACUGCAGCAAAAGUCGGCCCAGCUCGACACAGCCAAAGAGCGACAAGCAGAAUUGGAGCAACAGCUUAUAAAGCGCGAAGAAACGAUCACCCACCAGAAGCGUACGCUGAAAACGGUCAAAGAAGAAUACCAGGAAAAGUUUAAAGCAUUGGAGAACAAGUACGAAUCACAAAAAGCGAUCAUUAUUCGAAUGGAGGACAGCAUUGAGGAGCUGCGGGGGAACAACUGUGCGGCGAAAUCACCGGAUUCCGAUCGAACUGAUGCUGUCGGUUCGCUAGACCACACCUCACCGCUAUCGAUUUCUUUGGCCUCCAGCGAGGGUUUGUCGGAAAUCCGUAACCUCUCGGCUCUGGUUGCUCCGAACUCGGCAGGUCUUGGAGCUCAGAUGAGUGGUGGGAAUGUACUGUCCAGCAUGGUUAACAGCACUGUCAGCAGCACAGAUAAUCAUGACUUGAACCACCCGAUACCGAUGACUAGCGGCCAUGCCGUCGGUGGCAGCGGCCCGCCAGGAGGUAACUUAAGGCCGGAUCCAUAACAUUGUCCUGAAACACAGGUUCGCCGAGGACUUUGGUUUUGUUUGAGAUAAACAUCGGCGGCGACAGAGUAAGUUUUUACCGUGACGGUUUGUUGGUUGUCUCUCGUC